AUCCAUGUGUUUAGCCCAUCAUAUUAGUUCAAAUGGGAAGAUCCCCAAAUCUGGAUCUGUCGAAUGGGUCAAGCUCCCAUAGGAUAUCUUGUUUCGUUUUUCCGGGUCCGCUUACCAUCAUGUAAUUGCGCUGCACCUAGUGGGUUCUUAAACCAGAAGAUAACAGUUCUGAGCAUUUAUAGCUCUUUCUUUCCAAGUUCCUCCAAGGGAAUGAAUGACGUUUGUACUAACAAGUGGCAAAUGCUGCUGUAGCAACUUGAGCCAAGGGGAAACGAGGUCACUGCUUUUAUACGUUGUGGCUUUUUGUGGCUAGUUUGUUAUUGGUCCUUUGGCUCUUUGUGAACUUUCCUUUAUUUUCGUUUGAGACUUUAAGACCUUGUUGAACCUAUUUGCUUAUUUAAUAAGAUGGCCAUAUGCAUCGUUCUGAUGCAGAGGCCGAGGAAUUCCCCCCUUUUCAAAAAAAACUCCAAAUUUCACAUUUUCUUCUUCCGAACGGGCCUAGAUAUUAAUACCUAAUUAGGAUAUAACUUUAAUAUGGUGAGUGGUAUCUCUUGCAAUAUAUCACAGCGAACAACAAAAUUAUAAUAUUAUGAAAGUAUUUCCAGACACAAAUCUUUGUAUAUGACUUUAAAGUUUCAACCAAAAUAGUUAUACAAUAUUGUUGCUCAAAGUUUUCAAAGUUUGACUUGAAACGAAAGUAAACAUUGUAACUUACUAGUCAUCCCCCUUUAUUUACUAGACAACACUAUGCAGUAUGAAUUGUGCCCCUCCUCUGUCAUUUCUCUCUCUUCCUUACCGGUUCCCAGCUCCUCCUCUUCAGUCUUCACUAAUACAUCGACACCAUCCAGCAUCCCAUAUACAUCCUUCCACCGCCGCUCCAGCCAUCUUUUUGUUAUCUUUGUCCGGCUGCUACCUCCUACCUCGCUCGACAUAUAUGUUGCACUGUUGUCGAUGGAGCGGCGUCAAACACCCUCCCAGCUGUGCAUCAAGGGCGAGCCCUCGCGAUGUCCACGUCGGCAACGGUACAAGACAAAAAGGUUCCCUUCGCCGAGAAGAAAGAGAGAAAGAGAUUGGCCAGCAGCGUAGCCCCCAGUCCCCAUCCCCAAUUCCUCUCCCUCUCCCUUUCCCUCGUCUGCCGCCGCCAGCCCCACCGCCGCCCUCCCCGCAGCCGCCGCCACCACCGGCGCCCAGGUGUGGCGCUGCUCUUCCCCACGGUCCUGACGGCAAGGCGGCGACAAGAGUUAGAAGGCGGACGCGGACAGCCCCGUCAGAUCUCGUCCCAAUGAAGUCAAGGACGAGCUCCACCCGGACGAUGUCGAUCCGCCCCCCUGCCACACUUCUCCAUCGCGUCACCAUAUUCGGAGGAGCCGCGACUUCUGCUCGCGCAUCUGCUCCUCCCGAAGUUGUCGCCAUCGGCAGGAGGAGUGCCGGACCGCGCGCCAACUCGAGGACCGCCGCUCCGGCGGACCGUUGUUUCUGGCCGCCGUCCGCCUCUGGUGCCCGGCACAGGAGCUUCCCGGCGCAGGCUUUGCACUACAGAGCAGUUGGUGGUAGGAAGGACAGAGGACGCGGAGAACUCAUGGUUAGGUGUACGGCGAGGGGAGGAGGAGGAAGCACUUCUCUGACAAGAUCCAUAGCCACCACUUCAUCAUCGGCGGCAACCCUCUGUAUUUCCAAUGGUAAGGAUACUGGACAGUGCCAAUUUUAGGUGUGGUAUACUCAAAAUUUUGCUGUAUCUUUUUUCACAAGUAUUUGCAACGGUAAGGAUAGUGGAUAGUGCCAAUUUUAGGUUGUGGUAUACUCAAGAUGAAUUGGUUCUCUUAGGAGAAAAAUAAGGAAGUCAGAGUUUUUGUGUUCUCAUUUAUAAGCUUGAUUUUUUUCCUAACUCAUGAUGCAGUGUAGUAAUGUUAUUCCGGACGCAUGCGAUUUACAAAAUAAAAGGAGUAGCAAAUAUCAUAUACCUGGUUAAGGGACUGGCUGGUUUCUGAUCCACUGCAAAUUGAGCAUUCUUUUGUGAAGGAAUAUUACACUAAAAAAGUUGUCAUCAGUAUAUAUCUCAAGAUGAAUUGUGUCACGGGAGCCGAUACGGCGGCAGACACAAGCAGAGCAAAGCGAAGCCGGCGCGACGGCCGGGCCCUCCAAGCACACAACCACUGCCUCCUCGCCAAAAUACGCUAGCCUGCAUCUACAAGAUUUUCAUGCUAUGGUGUUAUUGCAAUCCAGGAAAAAAAGGAACUUGCCCGUAUGGUGUUCACUAAAAAGAAGAAUCUGCUAAAAGGUUGGAUGUGGGCUGUACGUGGACAUGAACUUGUUCCUGGGAUUCAGAAGGGAGCACGUGCCAUGGAACUUCAAGAAGACGGAGAACCAUGUGUACCUCCAUGUCGUGCUUUGGCAGAAGCUGGAUGCCGACGAGUCAGAACCUGCUGAAGAAGCCACUCUGCUCACCAUUGGCACUUUCCGUGGGAAGUGAUAGCAAUGGAAGCGGAGUUGUAGCUCUUCUGAAAAUUGCAAGGAUCUUUUCACACAUCUAUACAAGCCCUAAGACCAGAAGCAAGUUUAAUCUUCUCUUUGGAUUAACAUCUGGCGGACCCUACAAUUAAAAUGGAACUAGCAAGGUUAUCAAUUUUUGUUACAGUGGCUUGAAAUUUUGACCAACAUGUGUGUGAUAUUAUUGACUAUGCAAUUUACUUGAAUAUCAUUGGUUCCUGGAGCAAUGAUCUCUGGAUGCAUGUAUCAAAGCCUCCAGAGAAGCCUUACAUCAAGCAAAUCUUUGAGACUACAUGCUGAACAAGUUUCAGAUUGAGGAGAGCCUGGUCCCAAGAUGUGCCUAAAUUUGUACAGGGAAUAAGGAACUACAAUGGCCGGUCUGAAGCUUAUGGGCUACGAUUUCGACUACGAGGAUUCCACGCCAGCGUGCACGGUAAAUUGCCAUAUGAGAAAUUGAAGCCGGACCCUGUCCUGAGGAACCUACUGCUUUCGAUGCCUCAAAAUCCCUCUGAUGUUUUUUGCUAAUCGCAUCAGCAAGGGGUCUGUGACAGUUAAAUGCUUCAGCAGUUACAGUUUGUUGUUGCACUGUAGAUAUUCACCAACUCUGACGAGGCUCACGCGGCCGCCCUCCUCUUGGUUAACUAAUUUCUGGUUCUUUUUGCUAAAUUCUAAUUUAAAAACAAAGCAGUAAGAAAUCAUGCAUGAUGUUUCAAGUAAAAAAAUAAAUAAAUGCAGCCUCGAGUGCUGAUCUAUGAAAUAGAUACCAUCAGGAAGGUCGUGCCUUCAAUUCAUCAUGUUCUUUGCAUGCCUAAUUUUCCUCUCAUCCUCUUUUAUUGUAUUCACAGUGUUUUUUUUUCUGGACAAUGGUUCUGCAUCUUUGCAGGAGGAUUAUCAGGCCUGAGUGACAUUUGUGGGAAAAAAAUCGUUCAAAGCUUGGUGUUCAUUGCUGUUAUUGUUCCUAAUUUGAAGGGGACUGAGAUUUCUACCUAGGAAAUUCAAGUUGUGUUACCUUCAAAUGAUCGGACAUCUGAAAUAAAUUAUAUGUUAGUAAGUCUAUUACUAAGACAAAGACAUUGUGUUCUUUUUCAUAAUUUUUCUGAAUUGUCUUGGAGAAGCAGGUAGGCAAUACUGAUGAAGCCCAGUCGUAUGAGCUGAGGGCUCAGACCGUCUCGCCGCGUUGGAUCUGAUCUUACAUGCAAAGCUGUUGAGCAGAUGCUGAUCAUUUAGUGUUGUGACAGUAAUAAGAGUUGUCCGUAUUUCUUCUUUCAUGUACUAUAAAUACAAGAGACAUAUGUGCUACACUACUUUUGGACAAACUGUAAUGGGUUGUCCUCGUUACAUGUACAACCAGUGUAAUGGAUCUGAGCUCAUAUUUUCUCUGCCGCUUUUGUGUUUAUAUA